AUGCUCACCCAACCCCAGCUACGACGCCUACUACGGAAUUGCGGAAAAUCGCUUGCGAUCGGCGGGCUUGGCUACUGUGUCCUCAACAGCAUUGCCAACGCCCUCGGCGAGUUCGUCAUCUGCUCCGGCCCGUCGAUGUUGCCCACGAUCCAGGAGGGUGAUGUCCUCGUUGGCGAGCGCUUGCCCUACAUCCCCGCCGAGGAGACCGAGCUGAAGAACGGGGACAUCGUCGGCUUCCUGCACCCCAACAACCACCGGCUGUUGCUGUGCAAGCGGCUGGCCGCCAAGGAAGGUGAAGUCGUGAACCAUCACUUGCUGCCCGUCAACCGGGUCCCGCUCGGCCACGUCUGGGUCCGUGGCGACAACGCGGCCGCCUCGUCUGACUCGCGGCACUUUGGUCCGAUCCCCGAAGGAUUGAUCCAG